AUGGCAGUAGACACAACUAUUUUGCAUGUGAAGGAAAAACUAAAUAGUCUGGUUCAUGGCGAGGCAAACUUUGAUCCACUGCUCCCACAACUCCACCAGUUCAUUAACAAACUAUCAGAGGUACAGGAAUUCCGGAAAAGUGAUUCAAGGGGCGUCUUGGAUCCUGGGUUUAUGGAAGCUGUUUACAUGGUAGAAGAUGCCAUUGACAAAUUCCACGUAACAACAUCAAUUCAGAACGAGAAGGCAUUGCCUUACGUGCAUUUGAAGUAUGAGAAAACUCGUUUCUCGACCCAAUUAAAAAAAUUAUUGGGGAAUCAAAACAAGGAGCCUAUACUAAAGAAAAUUCUAAUUGGAUCCAUUAGUUUUAGAAAAGCAGAAGAGGCUAACCACAUUUCCAAAGGUUAUUCUGAUAAGAAAAGUAGAACUUUCCCUUCGGAGGACGGGAUGGAAGACUUACAAGAACUAAUCCUCAGUGGAGAAGCUUCACCUUUUCAAAUUUCAGUGGUAGAGUAUGAUUCUAAGAGAAUAACGUUGCUCAAGAUUUACAAAGAUGAGAAAGUCAAGAAUCAUUUUGAUUGUCGUGCUUGGGUUCAUGUUCACCAAGAGUUUGACAAACGACUACUUCUCCAUGAUAUAUUUAAAAAAGUUACAGAAAAAUCUGAGAGAACGGAGGAGCAUUCUGAUUCACUGCAACAAGACCUCCAUGACUUCUUAAUCAAGAAGAAGUACCUAGUAGUACUAAUUGAUGUUCGGACACCGGAUCUUUGGGAGAUUAUCAAGUUUGCUCUUCCGAAUUCAUCAAACGGUAGCCGGGUGAUUUUCAGUUUCCCUGAAGCUGAUGCAGAACGGUAUCCAGAUAUAAGAUUCUUCGGAAGAGAUCUAUCGCUGUAUGCUAGAAGCAAGGAUGUUGGAGCUGGAAUUUCAUCCAUUGAUGAACAUGAAAGCCAGGCUUCUAUUAAAAUUAAAAGAGAAAUUUCAGCUGAGGAGGUUUCUGUUGCAAUCGAAAAAACAGUUCCUGCUAAGGAGGCUCUUGUUGUCAAUGAAACAGAAGUUUCAGGGCGUCUGAAGGAAGCUUUUGAUUAUUUGAACAAGGAAACCGACAUUAUUGGAGUAAAAAAGGAUAAAAUACUGGAGUUAGCUAAACUAACUCUUCUUCCCAGUGACAAGAAUUUAAUCGCACUGGUGGGCGAGGUAGGCUCAGGCAAGUCAACUGUAGUGAAGACUGUUUUCAAAAACACAUAUAUACAGCGGACUUUUACUUGCCGAGCCUGGAUUAACAUUUCUCAUGAUUAUGACGAGAGAAGUAUCUUGAUUGAGAUGUGGCAGCAGGUUACGAAGGAUUCGGAUGCAAAGAAAUUGUCCUCAAAUGAAAACUUGGAAGCUGAGCUCACUAAUUUCUUGUCUCAGAAGAAGUUCCUGCUUGUCUUGGAUAAUCUCGACCUACCCGCUGCUUGUCCAUCAAUUAAUAUUCUGGAGCUAAAAACACUGAAUGCAGAUGAUUCUUGGAAGUUGAUCUUGAAGAAGUUGCGAGGAGAUAGAAGUUUGGAAGAUAAAGAGUCGGAUCUCAAGGAAAAAUUCUGGAAAUGUUGUCGCGGACAACCUCUUGCAAUACAUGUGCUGGGAGGUUUAUUGUCCGGUACUAAAAAAGACAUGGACUAUUAUAAAUGGUUCACGGAGAUUGAGAAGAAAAUGAAAGGAGAAAUCAUAAAAGAAAGAAGUGUUGAAGAUACUGAAAAACAAGAGGAAGCUUCUGAUGAAGAAGAAUAUACAGAACAACGUACUACCUGGGAGAAACAGGAUAAUAAAAAUAUCUGGACUUUGAGCUAUAAGUAUCUACCUCCCCGAUUGAAAGCAUUAGUAAAUUACUUAUAUCUUUUCCCCAAAUCGGAUGAGAUCCCUGUAAGGAGGUUGUUUCAUUUAUGGAUUGCUGAAGGAUUGGGAACACCAAGGGAAGGGACAGAAAUGACUCCUGAAGGAUUAGGAACACCAGGGGAAGUGACAGAAAUGACUCCUGAAGGAUUAGGAAUACCAGGGGAAGUGACAGAAAUGGCCCCUGAAGAUCAGGUGAAGAGUGAUUUUGACGAACUGGUGCAAAGGAACUUGAUUGAAGUAACAAAACGCAGAUUAGAUGACAGCCCUAAAACUUGUCGUCUGCCGAAAACUUUGUAUAGUACAUUCAUUGAAAAGGCUGAGCAGAUGGAAUUUUUCUACCUCCAUAAAGGAAAAAAUUCUUCCUCCAUCUCAUGCAUCCGGAGGCUUGCAGAACAUUGGGAUAUCCAGGACGGCACUCCUUUGGAUGAUUGGUUUAAAAAUCUACAUUCAUAUAUAUCUUGCAACACCCAAAAGGGAGGCAAAACUUCAGAGAGUGUAGGCAAUUUUCUGAAUAAUGUCAUCAUUAAACAAGGAUUUCAAGUGCUGAGAGUGCUUGAUCUUGAAGGUGUAUACAAACCAGUUCUUCCUAAAUUACUAGGAAAACUCCUUCUUCUUCGGCACAUAGGCCUUAGAAAGACCUUUGUGGACUCAAUCCCCACAUCAGUUGGUGAUCUUCCCUGCCUGCAGAUUAUAGAUGUCAAAAACACUAAUAUCACAACUCUUCCUAAGGGCAUCUUGGAAGCAAAGCAUCUACGGCAUCUAUACCUCAACGAGAUUAGUUUUCCAUUGUCGACUCUAAAGAGUCUAAAGCAUGGUUCUUUAAGCAAGCUUCUGACUUUGUGGGGUCUUUUCAUCCGCGAGACUGAGUGCCCGAAACGUGAAUGGUGGAAUGAACUGAAGUGUCUUCGGAAAGUGGGGCUGACAGCCCACACAAAAUCACUCAAGAUCAUAACCGAAUGGAUUCUUGAACGGACCACUCUUCGUUCCUUAAGGUUGAGAACAAUAAAUGAUAAUGAUGAACCUUCUGACCUCGAUUUGGGAUCGCUGAAGAGUCACGAGGAGCUGAAGGAGAUGUAUUUGGUCGGCAAGUUACAAAAGUCAAUCCAACCUCCCCCAAAUCUCAGAAUCCUUACCUUGUCAUUGACACGACUAAAUGAAGAUUCGAUUGCCACACUAGGGCAGCUGAAGCAGUUGAAGGUCCUCAGGCUUUUUGCGGAUUCCUACCAGGGGAAACAAAUGACGUGUAAAAGGGAUGAUUUUCCGGAACUCUGCGUCCUGAAGUUAUGGAAGCUGAAGGAACUGAGAGACUGGCAAAUCAAUGAACAAGCGAUGCCAUUGCUGAAAUCUUUGGAACUGAGAGAUUGCCAUAAACUAAAGAAGAUUGUGGCGUUGAAGAAUGUGACCUCCCUGAAGGAAUUGACCUUGACCAAUAUGACAGAGAAUUUUGUGAUUGAGGCGUUGAAGAAUGUGACCUUCUUGAAGGAAUUGACCUUGACCAAUGUGAAAGAGGAUUGUGUCGUUCAAAUCGAAGAAUCCUUUGGUAAGAAAGGAACCAUCACUCGUCCAACUGGAAAACAAAAUAAUAAUAUUGUGAAAAUUCGAUGGGAUUGAAAUGCCACUCUGGGACAAAUACCAUUCUGUUGAUGUCAUUGCUUCUUUCGUCCUGGUAUUUUCUAUUCUCCUCUAUUUAGUUUGUAAUUCUCCCACCAAUAAAUUUUCUGUCUCUUCUUCCA